AUGUAUUCUUUAGCUUCUAGACUUUAUAAUAGUGUAUUCAGCGAUCCCACCGAACAAAAUUCUGCAGUGGACAAUGAGCAAGAAAGUGAUGUAAAGAUAGAGGCGACUUCUUCAAAUUCAACCAACAAUCCUGAAAUCGAUGUACCCAUAACUAUUAAUUCAAAUCUUGUAAUCUCGGUUAAUGAUGAGUCAACAACAACAUUUCCAAUGAUAAAUAGUCCACAACAGAAAUCUAAUAAAUUGCGGAAAAAAAUUAUACUAGAACCUGGACAUUCAUCUCUGGAUUGGGCAAAACUUAAGAGUAGUGGAGUCGAUUUAAAAGGAGUUUCAGAAAUAAGAAAUUAUACACUUGAAGAAUUAAAGAAACAUAAUAGAAGAGAUGAUGCAUGGUCAGCGUUUAAUGGAAAGAUAUAUAACAUUACUCCAUAUAUAAAAUUUCAUCCUGGUGGCGAAAAAGAAUUAAUGCGAGGAGCAGGAAAGGAUGGAACAAAAUUAUUUAAUGGAUGA